AAGGCAAGAGCAGAGCAGCCGAGAGUUUGUCUUCUCCAGUGUUCAAAAACAGAUUCAUUCAGCGCCACCCCCCAUUGCAGUGUUCGUUCAUUCCUUCGUUCUCCUGAUCUCCGGCGCUUUCGAAGUUGGCUAGAAUCUUCUCCAGCAGCCCGCAGUUCCUUCCUCUUCGAUUGCUUCCGAGCUAUAAGUCCUUCAAGGAGGUGUUUGGCGAUGUCAGACUUUGCAGCUGAAGUGAGCUGAGCGAUAAUCGGAUGAGUCCUCGAUCCGGAUGAUAUGGGGCAGGGCUCGAAGAAGAAGAAAAAGGGUGUCAAGAGAAGCAAGGGGAGGAGCGCUUCCAAGGACAAGGCGUCCCAAUCGGACGGUGACAAUGAUCUGCUUUCCGAGGAAAUCACCGCCCUGUGCGCAAUAUUCCAGGAAGACUGCAAAAUUGUCUCAGAGUCUCCUCCCAGGAUGAUUAUCAAGCUCAGGCCUUACUCCAAGGAUAUGGGCUUUGAGGAUGUGGAUGUCUCGGCCCUUCUUUCUGUCAGGUGCUUACCUGGCUAUCCUCACAAGUGCCCAAAGUUGCAGAUAACUCCUGAGAAAGGUCUAUCAAAAGCUGAUGCUGAUAAUCUUCUCUCUCUCCUCAAUGACCAGGGCAAUUCUAAUGCUCGCGAAGGUCGUGUGAUGAUUUUCAAUUUAGUGGAGGCAGCACAGGAAUUCUUGUCUGAAAUAGUACCAGUCGGUCAAGUAGGAAAGCUGGCUCCAUUGUCAAAUGUAAAUGAAAGCACAGCAAUGUUACAGAAGGAGUUAGCAAUUUCAUCAUACAAAGGUGCAUCAAGAGGACCUUUUGUAUUCGGUUUUAUUGAUCUCUUCAGUGCUUCUGGAGAGUCAUGGAAUUGGAGUCUUGGGAUGAAUCAAAACAUUGAGAAGCACUCUUUCCAACAGUUGCAUGCAAAAGUUGGUACAAAAUCCAUAUCGGAGAUUCCUGGUAAGAAAUUUGAUGAGGUUGGGAAGCCCUUGGGAAUGCAAGAUAAGAAGCAGGUACCAUUGCCCAGCAAAACAGCCAACUUGGAUACGCUUCAGGAAGAGAGUGAAGAUGAAGAUAAGAGCAGUAGUAGUUCUGGGUCAAGUAGAAACAUGAUGGAGGAAGUAGUAGGAUGUGACUGCACUGGUGAUGAAGAGGAUGCGUAUGUUGAGAAUCGUGCAACCGCAGAUGAUGACAGUGAUAACAGUGACAACUGUCCAUCAGAGUCACAUUCUUCUGCUUCUACGGGUCAUUUUCAAGCAUCUGGAGAUGUUCGCAAAGAUCUUAUACUAGUUCAUCUCCUCCACCUUGUUUGUGGUUCAAAAGGGCCAUUGGCAGACACUUUGCCGCAGAUAUCCUCGGAACUCUACAAUCUUGGAAUACUUUCUCAGCAGGCACAAGAUUUAGCUUUAAAGCCAUCCUCAUUUAGAAAAACUUUUGAUCAUGCUUUCCGACAAUAUAUGGCUUCGUCAAGAACUUCUCAAUUUUGGAAGCUAAUGGAGGACGCAGAACAGCCUAAUACAUCUCUUCCAAGUUCUCGGUAUCUCAAUGAUUUCGAAGAGCUUAAGCCCCUUGGUCAUGGUGGCUUUGGCCAUGUUGUUCUAUGUAAGAAUAAACUGGAUGGAAGGCAGUAUGCAGUCAAGAAAAUCCGUCUAAAAGACAAAAGCCUACCCCUUAACGACCGUAUAUUGAGGGAAGUAGCCACACUAUCUCGUCUACAGCAUCAGCAUGUGGUCCGCUACUACCAGGCAUGGUUUGAAACAGGAAUUGCUGGUUCUUAUGGUGAUGCUGGUUGGGGUUCCAUGACAGCCGCAAGUACCACUUUCAGCGAUAGGAAUUUGAGCUCCACGGAUGGUUUUGGACAAGACAGCAAACUUGAUUCAACUUACCUAUAUAUCCAAAUGGAGUAUUGUCCUAGGACUCUUCGCCAAGUCUUUGAAUCUUACCAGUUUGACAAAGAACUGGCAUGGCAUCUGUUUCGCCAAAUUGUAGAAGGCUUGGCACAUAUUCAUGGACAAGGGAUAAUCCAUCGUGAUUUAACACCUAGCAACAUUUUCUUUGAUGCUCGUAAUGACAUCAAAAUUGGGGACUUUGGUCUUGCUAAGUUCUUAAAAUUUGAGCAGUUGGAUCAGGAUCCAACUUUAUCAACUGAAGCAACUGGAGUAUCAUUGGAUGGUACUGGUCAAAUUGGAACCUACUUCUACACUGCCCCCGAAAUUGAGCAAGGUUGGCCAAAGAUAGAUGAAAAGGCUGACAUGUAUAGUUUGGGAGUUGUGUUCUUUGAGCUAUGGCACCCAUUUGGGACUGCUAUGGAGAGACAGAUUAUAUUGUCUGAUUUGAAGCUAAAAGGAAAUCUACCUUCUGCUUGGGUUGCUGAAUUUCCAGAGCAAGCUUCUUUAUUGCGGCGGUUGAUGUCUUCUAGUCCAUCUGACCGCCCAUCUGCCAUGGAGCUUCUGCAGCAUGCAUUUCCACCGAGAAUGGAAUAUGAGUUAUUAGAUAAUAUGCUUCGAACAAUGCGAACUUCAGAGGAUACAAGGGUGUAUGACAAGGUUGUUAGUGCCAUCUUUGAUGAAGAAGCAUUAAUGAUGAAAGACCAAGAGCAGGAUGCUGAUAGAUUAAAGUUGGACGGCAAUGUUGAUCCUUAUAUCAGUUGUACAGAAUUUGGCGCUGAAAUGCGUGAUCAUGUGGUUGAUGUCACUACUGAAGUCUUCAGACAGCACUGUGGGAAGCAUUUAGAGUUUAUCUCAAUGUGCAUGUUGGAUGAUCGUCCAUACUAUAUCAGGAACGCUGUCAAAGUUCUGACACAUGGUGGAGAUAUGCUUGAACUUUGUCAUGAGCUGCGUCUGCCAUUUGCAAAUUGGGCCGUCAGAAAAGAGAAAUCAUCAUUUAAACGAUAUGAAGUCUCAUAUGUCUACAGAAGAGCAAUCGGUCACUCCCCGCCAAAUCGUUACCUUCAGGGUGAUUUUGACAUAAUUGGAGGUACUUCAGCCUUGACGGAGGCAGAGAUUAUCAAGGUGACUAUGGACAUUGUAACUCGAUUUUUCCCUGCUGACUCGUGUGGCAUUCAUCUUAAUCAUGGAGAUCUAUUAGACUCUAUAUGGUGUUGGAUAGGCAUCAAGGCUGAACAAAGACAGAAAGUAGCGGAGCUUCUCUCAUUGAUGAGUUCUUUACGUCCACAAUCCCCUGAAUGGAAAUCAAAGUGGGUUGUUAUAAGGCGCCAACUAUUGCAGGAACUUAAACUAGCUGAAGCUGUUGUAAAUAGAUUGCAGACAGUGGGUUCAAGAUUCUGUGGAGCUGCAUAUCAAGCUCUCCCCAGAUUGAGGGGUGCUCUGCCUGCUGAUAAAUUUACACGCAAGGCACUUGAUGAAGUGUCGAACCUCAUUAGUUACUUAAGAGUAUGGAAGAUUGAAGAAAAUGUUUAUAUCAAUGCCCUGAUGCCACCAUCAGAAGGUUAUCAUCGGGAUCUAUUCUUUCAGGUUUACUUAAUGAGGGAGAACACCGGUGGAUCAAUUUCAGAAGCCGCAUUGCUUGCUAUUGGUGGGCGCUAUGAUUACUUGCUCCAUCAGUUGUGGGAGCAUGAAAAUAAAACGAAUCCUCCAGGUGCCGUGGGAACUAGUCUAGCCCUUGAGAACAUAAUCGAGCAUUCUUCAGCUGAAAUAAAGCCAUUUAGAAAUGAAGCAGGCACAAGUGUCCUUGUAUGCUCGAGGGGAGGAGGUGGUCUGUUGGUGGAGCGCAUGGAACUUGCUGCUGAGUUGUGGGAAGAAAACAUUAAGGCCGAGAUUGUCCCGGUACCUGAUCCAAGCCUUACGGAGCAGUAUGAAUAUGCAAAUGAGCAUGACAUUAAGUGUCUUGUCAUUCUAACUGAUGCAAGUGUAUCUCAAUCAGAUUCGGUCAAGGUCCGUCAUAUUGAGCUCAAGAAGGAGAAGGUGGUCGACAGAGAAAAACUCAUCAAGUUCCUAUUGGAAGCGAUGGCAACACAGUUUAGAAACCCGUCUAUUUGGAGUAAUUAGUUCAAUAUUUCCCUGACACUCAGCAUCAGAUCCAUCUUCCUGCUGCCAAGCAAUCCUUUUGGCCAUUUGCUGUAACGAAGAGUUUAUUCUCCCCGAGGCCUAUGAAAACUCCUCAAGCCCAUGGAUCUAGGUAAGUCCAUGUGCAAGUACAUGUGUAGGUGGCCUCACCAAGGGCUAUGCGCGCAAGGGAGGAUUCGAACCUACGACAUUGUGAACUACUCACAAAGCGUACGCACGUCCUAAUCACUUGCGCUAAUCCUUGGGGUUAUAGGGUUUAAUAUUGGCCAUCUUCUUGGGUGAUUGACAAAAGGAGCUCAUCAGCGGGCUUCAGUUUCUUGUAGAUCAAAUUUUGCUAGGUUACCCCUACAGAAAUGAUAGUAUACCAGUAAAUAUUCGAGAUUUUUGUGUGAUUGGGACAAGUAAAUUGACGAUAGCCAAGCCAAUUUUGAGUGAAUGUUUUCUAUAUGCUUGAGGCCUCAUGUGUUCAUUGUCUGAACUCCCAACAGUCUCCUGAUUGAUUGGACAGAUUCACCUCUAGCAAAUUUUUUUGUUCAUCACCA